UGCGAAGGCUAGCCACACUGCCACUGGGAGAGAGCGGUGCUGAUUCAGGGGAUAUUUUUUUCAUUGUCUGGAGAAAACUUACCGGUCAUUCUUUUGAACCUGAAGAAAUGUUGGAUUGGCACCGUUCUGGAAGCUGGAUUUGAGAAGAACACUUGUGGGACUCGCCGUAGGAAGUGUUUUGCCAGUCAAGAUUCUUCAGAGCCAGCCAAGUUCUAUUCCUUGACCCAACCCGUUAGUUUGCUAACAUUAGCCAUAGCCAAGCUAAUUAGACUGUUAGUUUUGUAUCGGAUCCAGGAGGAGAGGGGCAUCACAUUUUAUCAUUUUUGUUCAGCAUAUCAUUCUGCUGAACAUAUACCGAUAGCAUAUCUCUGCAGAGAUGGGUUCGUUGCUGCAAACUUUUUAAUUAAAUUGUGACAAUAGAAGAAACAAGCUGUACUUGUUUGAGAUACAGGUACCGUUAGCUUGAGGUGGCUACAGAUCUUGGUAGCCUGUUUUACAAAUAUCUUAUAUGUUUUUAGGCCAGAAAAAAUAUGUGAUGGUGUCCAUGGCAGCCCCUAUGAGAUUUUGUACAGUCACAAUAUGGUAAAAGAACUUGUUGCCACCUAUAAAUUUAUAAUAAGGUGCGCUGGUUCAGGACGCGCUGUCUAUGGUCUGGUGUUGGAUUCAGUCUGAGAGGAGACAGUCGUAGCCUAGAACUACAUACUUAUUUGAUGCUUGGUUGUCUGGACACAUUCUCUGCUGCGGGAUGAAAAGCAUCUAACAUGUGGAUUCCUGGCAUUGAUUUUGGGAAAUGAUCUUGUUUGGUAACCAGACCAAUUUUGCCUUGCUCAAUGGAGGACGUCCAGGACCUAGUGACAACCCUUGUCUCGUGAAGCCUUCAGAUGAGGUGAUGUGACGUUACUAGGGAAAAUUAACCAUAUUCAUAUCAUAAUAGGAGUGAACGAACAGAACAGGCAAUGUAUUUUUGCUGAUGUGUUUGAGUAAACACGGAUACUAUAGAUUUAUUCGUAUGCAUCGAGUAUUUGCUUGCAUCUCAACGGGAACAUGCGAUGUGCUUGUGUCUGACUUGGAGCACUCCAAGUAGAAGCUGAAGCCGAGUACUGAGCAUUUUCGGAAAGACAAUGGCUGCUAGACACCGGGGCCAUGUAGACAUGGAUGGAUUCUAACGUUUCUUGGAUCUGCACAUUUGGGACUCAAGUGAAGACAGCCUGUCAGGUUUGGUUUCCUUUGCCUUAGUACCGGGGGAAGCGACCAGUCGGGCACCAUGGGCGAGAGCAGCCUGACCGACUCUAACGUGAAGGUCGCUGUGCGGGUGCGACCCUUUAACAGGAGGGAAAAGGACCUGAACACAAAAUGUGUCAUAGACAUGGAAGGCAAUCAGACCUUCCUGCAGCCUGCUGGCACCAACCUGGGGAAGACGGACAGCAGAGCCCAGCCAAAGGUCUUUGCCUACGACUACUGCUUCUGGUCGAUGGACGAGUCGGAAAAAGACAAAUUUGCUGGUCAGGAUGUGGUAUUUCAGUGCCUAGGGGAGAGUCUUCUGGACAAUGCCUUCCAGGGCUACAACGCCUGCAUCUUUGCCUACGGGCAAACAGGGUCAGGGAAGUCGUACACCAUGAUGGGCUCUGUGGACCAGCCGGGCCUGAUCCCUCGGCUCUGCAGCUCCCUGUUCGAGCGCACGCUCAAGGAGCAGCGCGAGGAGGAGAGCUUCACCGUAGAGGUCUCCUACAUGGAGAUCUACAACGAGAAGGUCCGCGAUCUACUGGAUCCCAAAGGGAGUCGAGCAGCGCUGAGGGUCCGUGAGCACAAGGUGCUGGGGCCGUAUGUGGAUGGCCUCUCCCGGCUAGCCGUCGCCAGCUACAAGGACAUCGAGUCGCUGAUGUCGGAAGGCAACAAGUCUCGUACGGUGGCGGCCACCAACAUGAACGAGGAGAGCAGCAGAUCACACGCCGUAUUCAACAUCAUUCUCACACACACACUCAAGGACCUGCAUUCAGGGACGAGUGGUGAGAAGGUGAGUAAGCUGAGUCUGGUGGAUCUGGCGGGGAGCGAGAGAGCGGCCAAGACCGGAGCAGCAGGGGAGAGGCUGAAGGAAGGCAGCAAUAUCAACAAGUCCUUAACUACUCUGGGUCUGGUCAUCUCAGCGUUGGCGGAUCAGGGUGCCGGCAAGAACAAGACCAAGUUUGUGCCCUACAGAGACUCUGUGCUCACCUGGCUGCUUAAAGACAGUCUGGGCGGCAACAGUCGCACGGCGAUGGUUGCCACGGUGAGUCCAGCGGCGGAUAACUACGACGAGACGUUAUCGACGCUACGCUACGCCGACCGCGCCAAGAGCAUCGUCAACCACGCCGUGGUCAACGAGGACCCCAACGCACGCAUCAUACGGGAGCUACGGGAGGAGGUGGAGAAACUCAGGGACCAGCUCACACAGGCUGAGUCCAUGAAGGCUCCAGAGUUGAAGGAGAGACUAGAGGAGAGUGAGAAACUGAUUCAGGAGAUGACCGUCACCUGGGAGGAGAAACUCAGGAAGACGGAGGAGAUCGCAACGGAGCGGCAGAAGCAGUUGGAGAGUCUGGGUAUUUCUCUUCAGUCGUCUGGUAUCCGCGUGGGAGAGGACAAGUGUUUCCUGGUCAACCUCAACGCUGAUCCUGCCCUCAACGAGUUGCUCGUCUACUACCUGAAGGAGCAUACCAAGGUGGGUUCUGCGGACUCUCAGGACAUCCAGCUGUGUGGCAUGGGCAUCCAGGCGGAACACUGCGUCAUCAUCAUCACAUCCGACGGCAGCGUACUGCUCACACCCUACCGCAACUCACGGACGUGUGUGAACGGCUCCCCGGUAACCAGCCAGCAGCAGCUUCACCAUGGAGACCGCAUCCUGUGGGGCAACAACCACUUCUUCAGAAUCAACCUGCCUAAGCGCCGCAUGCGUAGUGAGGAUGAGGAGGGUGAGGGUGCGAUGAAGAACAGCACCAGUAGUGAGCAGCUGGAUGGAGACGGGGACUCGGCCAGCGAGGUGUCCAGCGAGGUCAGCUUCAGCUACGAGUUCGCCCAGACAGAAGUCAUGAUGAAGGCACUCAGCAGCAACGACCCGAUGCAGGCGGUGCUGCAGAGCCUGGAGCGCCAGCACGAGGAGGAGAAGCGUUCGGCUCUGGAGCGCCAGAGGCAGAUGUACGAGCAGGAGCUGCAACAGCUCCGCAGGAGGCUCAACCCCGACCGCCAGAGCAUCGGAGGAGGUGGCGGGGGAGGUGGAGGAGGAGGAGGGGGCCCAGGAGGAGUAGGAGGCUCGCAGACGCUCUCGUACACGCCGGCCUCGCAGGGGGGCGCACAGGGGGCGCACUACCGCAGCUGGGAGAGGCUCAGCAGUGGGGGCUCGUCGUCCUCCAGUGCACAACAUCGGCUGCGACAGUGGAGCGAGGAGAGGGAGGCGGUGCUGACGCGGACUCUGCGUAAGCUGCGAGAGCAGAUCGUGCGGGCCAACGGGCUGGUCCAGGAGGCGGGUUUUAUCGCCGAAGAGCUGGACAAGAAGACGGAGUACCGCGUCACGCUGCAGAUACCAGCAGCAAACCUCAACGCCAACAGGAAGCGUGACGCGGUGCUGAGUGAGCCUGCUAUCCAGGUGCGCCGCAAGGGGAAGGGGAAGCAGAUCUGGGCCCUGGAGAAGAUGGAGAACCGGCUGGUGGACAUGAGGGAGCUCUACCAGGAGUGGAAGGACUCGGACGACGAUAACCCUGUGAUGCGGUCGUACCUGCGGCGUGCGGACCCCUUCUUUGACGAGCAGGAGAACCACAGUCUAAUUGGAGUGGCCAACGUCUUCCUCUCCUGCCUCUUCUAUGACGUCAAGCUGCAGUACGCCGUCCCAAUCAUCAACCAGAAAGGAGAGGUGGCUGGGCGUCUACAUGUGGAGGUGGUGCGCGUGGCAGGGGGCGUGGAGGACAGCAUGGCGGGGGGAGACGACAGCGACGGCAGCCCAGAGGGGGAAAUGCAGGAGAGGAAGCUCGUCUGCAUGAUUAAAAUCCUGCAGGCAACCGGGCUGCCUCAGUACCUGUCUAACUUCGUCUUCUGCCAGUACAACUUCUGGGACCAGGCCGAGCCAGUUAUUGUGGCCCCCGAGGUCGACACCUCCGCCUCCUCGACGUCCCCCAAGGACCCCCACUGCAUGGUCGUCUUCGACAGCUGCAAGGAGCUGGCGGUGGCGGUGACUGAGGACUUUAUUGAGUACCUGACAGAGGGGGCGAUGGCCAUUGAGGUGUAUGGCCACAGGCAGGCAGACCCGGGACGCAACCCAGCACUGUGGGACCUCAGCAUCAUACAGGCCAAGACCAGGACACUGAGAGACAGGUGGAGUGAGGUGACUCGAAAGCUGGAGGUGUGGGUGCAGGUGCUGGAGCUGAAUGAGGUUGGGGAGUACAUGCCAGUGGAGGUGGUGGCCGCCAGAGACGUACGCACAGGGGGCAUCUUCCAGCUACGACAGGGCCAGUCUCGGCGUAUCCAGGUGGAGGUGCGUUCUGUGCAGGACUCGGGCACCAUGCCCCUGAUAGUGGAGGCGGUGCUGGCCGUGUCUGUGGGCUGCGUGGAGAUCCAGCAGGCAAGGCCUCUGAAGACCAACGACAACCAGCAGCCUGAAGGAGAUGAAAUGGACAGUUAUCAGGAGAGGGAUCUGGAGCGUCUGAGGAGGCAGUGGCUGACGGCCCUCACCAAGAGACAAGAGUACCUGGACCAACACCUGCAGAUGCUGGUGGGAAAGGCUGACAAGUCGGAGGAUGAUAUGGAGCGUGAGGCCCAGCUGCUGGAGUGGAGGCUGACCCUGACGGAGGAGAGGAACGCUGUGAUGGUGCCCUCUGCAGGCAGCGGCAUACCAGGAGCACCCGCUGAAUGGGUGCCUGUUGCUGGCAUGGAGACACACAUACCCGUGCUCUUCCUUGACCUCAGUGCGGAUGACUUCAGCUCCCAGGAGAACCUGGAGGCUGUGGAGGCGGGGGGCUGGGACGCCUCCCUCAACGGGGAGGACGAGGAUGACUUCUUCGACCUGCAGAUAGUCAAGCACUAUGAUGACGAGGUGCGAGCGGAGGCCUCGUGGGACUCGACGGUGCACGAGUGUCCGCAGCUGAGUCGCGGGGCGUCCCCAGAGCAGCGCGUCUACCUGACCAUCAGGGCCGUGGUGCAGCUCAGCCAUCCUGCAGACAUGCAGCUGGUGCUCCGGAAGAGGGUCUGUGUCAACCUCAACGCACGCCAGCAAGGAUUUGCUCAGAACUUCCUGCGGAGGAUGUCUACGCGCAGCACUAUCCCGGGGUGUGGAGUGACGUUUGAGGUGGUCUCCAACAUUCCUGGGGACGCCCAGGGCUCGGAGGACAGGGAGAUGCUGGCGCGCAUGGCGGCGAGUGCAGAGGACCCCAAGUCAUCGGACAACGAGGCGGCCAUCGAGAAGUACCUGCGCAGCGUGCUGGCCGUGGAGAACAUCCUCACGCUCGACAAACUACGCCAGGAGGUGGCUGUAAAGGAGCAUCUGGCCACUAAAGGGAAGGGGGGGAGCAGAAGAAGCCUGAGUUCUCCUAGCGUGCACAGGCUCUCUGGCAGCAGGCAAGACCUCUCUAACUCAACUCUGCAGGACAACAAGAACCGCUGGGAGAGCCAGCAGGACAUCUUCAUGACGUCGCCCCAGUUCAGCCGGACCCUGCCCAGAACCUCCUCGGCACACAGCCACACACACAACCAGAACCAGGCCCAGGACUCGGACCAAGCAGGUCUUUUAGGCAUCGCUGCCUCUUUUCUCCCCCCAGUGAAGGCCGUGGUUCCCCAGAUGCCCAAGCUGCUCAAGUCCCUCUUCCCCGCCCGCCCUGACGACAAGAAGGAGCUGCGGCCGUCACCACACUCGCAACAGCACACCCCUAGGAUCAUGAUGCAAACCAGUGGAAACUCGGAUGACGGCAAAGCCAAGCUAGAGCCGGUGGGCAAUAAAAGCCCCGCCCCCGAGCGUUCAUUGGACAGCCCUACGGAGGCCACUCCCCCCUCCUCCGUUCCGCAUGACCCCGCGCAUGACACGCCCCUGAGCCCCAUCAGCGAGGCCUCCAGCGGCUACUUCUCCAGCAGCGUUUCCACGGCCACCCUUAGCGAGGCCGCCGGCACCGUCGCCGACACCAACAACCCCCCUACAGACCCCCCAGUAACAACCACCACCAUCGGCCCCACCCCCCCUGUCACUGUCAACCCCAACCCCCCCUCCUCCGCAGAGGCCUCAGCAGUGAAGCCCCAGAGGACUGUGGGAGCUGUGCGGGCCGAGUCGUCUGCAGCAGGGGCGGAGCGCAACGGCGUGAUGGGGUCCGCGCCUCCUCCUACGUCCUCAUCGCAUCAUCAGCAGCAGCAGCCAAUGCCCUUGCGGCCUCCCAGCGGGAACAGCUCCUCCUCCAGAGUCAGCCGCCAAUCAGAGCCCAUGAGGGCGGUACGGACGGAGGAGGAGAAGGGGAGGAGAUCCACCGUAGGAGGAGGAGGAGGAGGUGCUCUGGAGAAGCUGGAGAUCCUGACGGACGAGGAGGCCGCUGUGAAAGGGGAGGCGCAGGUGGAGGUCCCGGCUUGGCUGAGGGUGGGGGAGAGCGUGACGCUGGGCGGGGGCAAGACGGGCACCGUCAGGUACCUGGGCGCCGCCGACUUCGCAGAGGGCACCUGGGUCGGCGUGGAGCUCGACACGCCAGCGGGUAAGCACGACGGCUCGGUGGGCGGUCGGCAGUACUUCCGCUGCAGCCCCGGUUUCGGGGUGCUGGUGCGUCCCGACCGGGUGGCCAAGCGCGAACCGGGCGGUCGGCGGCACUCGGAGCACCGGCUGAGCGGAGAGUUCCCCCGGCACGCGGUCCUGGCCCGGCCCAAGAUCGCGCCCGAGGCCACGGCCCAGCGCCGCGAGAACCGCAAGUCCUGGAGCAACUGAACUGAACUGAACUGAACUGGCCAGGCCUGACCUGACCGCUUUCGGAAAGCCAAGCGACCUACGUACCAACAGUCCUCGCUUAUCCCCCACCUGUUAGCCCACCCCACGCUGCAGGAGAAUGACACCACUGACGAACCCAAGCACCCACCCACCCUGAAAAAAAAAGAUAUCUCUUUGUUGCCUCAGACUUGUGUUGUCUUAAUCCUAUCAGUCUUGGUGAGGUGGUCUCUGCUGCUGUGUUCCUCUGUGUGGCUGAUUAGACCAUGGGAUGGGAUGACUCCUCCUCUGCCACCAUAUCCUCAGCAGCGUCAGCAUCUUAUCUCCCCUCACCCCCCCACCACCAUCCCCAGGAGCCAGGCUGGCUGUCCUUGAGCUGAUGCUGCUGCUGUGGCUGCGUUUGAAUAUCAAUGAAGACAGUGCAAAGAGAUGAGGAGAGGAGAGGAGAGGAGAGGAGAGGGACAGCAAUCAUGGCCUAUACCGUGCCGGAUGUCCCAUCCUCUUCUGGUGUGGUCCGGUGCGGUGCAGUGGUAUCUGUCUGCUGCUUCUCUCCUUGAGUUUGACCGCUUCAGUUCAAUGUCAGCCACAGAUCAGACGACUAAAGUCCUGCGUAAAUGAGGGGGACAUGCUCUUUUCCGCUCUCUCCUUUUUAUCACAUCCCUGGCUCUACCCGAUCCUCCCUUUUCAUCUCUGUUUCUCUACUCUCUUCCUUUCCCUCCCUCAGUCUCCCCCUCUCCUCUCUGUCUUCUCUUUCUCUCUCUCUCUCUCUCCCUGCUCUCCCCUCUGUCUUUUUCAGUGUCUCUUGCUCUCUGUGACCUGCUGGGCGGUGGAGAGUCGUCUUUCAUGUGAGUCUGUGGUGUGGUGUGUUGCGUUGCGGUUCUGUUGGGCUGGGCCGGGCCGGUUUUCCGCAAUGAUUAUGCAUGAUCUAUCUCCCUCCGGAGUGGAGAACGGAUGGAUCCAGAAUGUGCCUUUCUCUGAUUCAGCGAUUUUUAUGCCAGAUUUUAAACUCCAUUACUACAAAAACACCAACUCAACAACUCAAGUCAACUCAACCCCUCCCAUCCUUUUUUCGCUCCCCCCCCCUUCCUCCCCUCUCAUCCUCUGCCCUCCAACCUCAUCCCUUCAUCCUGGUAAGAAUGCCUUCCAUGAGACACCGGUGCGGAUUGGGUGAGGAGAUUCUGGGUGGCAAGAAAGGGGAUUUCAGCUGCUGGCCAUGCGACUGAAGCUGUGUUUUUUUUCGUAGAACCCGUUUGAGAUAUUUUGUGGAAUAUACGCAAGACGCAGCAUCAUCAAUCCUGCUGUACUGUAGCUGCUGCUUCUGUUGAAGAGAGCUAACACUGUCGCUGUGUGCUGCAGAGAAACCCAGACCGCUUCAGUUGCAAAGGCCGGCUGCGGCUGGGCUUGUCAGACUGACCCAGGACUUGAAGCCCCCCCUCCCUCUCCCCACCCCCCCAAAAAAUAUUUUAUCAGCUGCCGUCUGUCUGGGUGGUGAGGGUGCGAGUGUUGCGUGGCGUGAGUGUGUGUGGUCAUCAUCUCAGGGAGCUGUGUUGUCUCGUGAGGUUGCAGGGGGAGGUGUGUGUGUUCUCGGAGCAGUGUGUGUGUCUGGUGUGUGUUUGGGGCAACCCCCUACCUUGGGACAAGCAUCACUCAAUAAUGUGGGCAGUCACCCCCAUCAUAUAUAUAGAGAGGGCCUGGCUGUAUUAGUGUAUGUGUGAAGGAGGGAAUGUGCACGUGCAAACAGAGAGAGAAGAGAGAAUGUGUCGUUUGUCUUGUGUGUGACAUGGAUGGAGGAAAGGAAUGAAAUGAUUGAUUUUUAAAAAGGCACAGUGAUGAGGUUUUAUGUUGGGGACAUAAAGUGAUGAUGAGAUGAUAUCAUAGUUUCUUUUCUUUAUUAUUAUUUUUUUUAAUGAAAAUGGACAAAGGGAGGAAUCCCUUCGAAGAGAAAAAAGUAUAUAUAUGUAUAAAAUAUUGCACAAGAGAGAUAAUCCUGUCCUCUGUAGAGUGUGGGAUUGUGGGAGAUGUGUUUUUUUUUGGUGUUGUGCCAUUGGGAUAGGUUGGGGUUAUCAAUAACUGCAUAAAGAGGACUACAGAACAAUGCUGCUCACCCUGAGAAUAUCACCUCUGCAUUCGUGUGAAACACGACAUGCGCCUAACCCUCAUUCAGCGGUUGUGAUUUGGGAAAGUGUGUGUGUGUGUGUGUGUUUGUUUGUUGUGUGUGUGUGUGCAUGUGUGUGUUUUUUGUUGACCACUACUUGUGUUUGGAAGUGUCCUUCUGCAUGAAAAGAGACCUUGUCAACCAUUUUUUUUCCUAAAUGGGGGAGAACACGUCUGACGUUUGAACUUUCUUUCAUCCAUAGCCUUCAGAUCUUGUUUGUUGUCAUUCUUAAUAUUUUUUUGCAACCUGUCAGAACUCUGAAGGACUGUAAAGAGGCGAAGCAAGGCUCUCACCUCACAUGCAAGCCAGACCCUGUUUCUGUGCAAGUCUAUUGGGACUCUCAACUGAUACAGACAUAUACAGACCUAGAGACAUCCAGACAGCCCUGAGUACCCCUGAGCCCAGUGAACUGUAGGGGUCUAGUAGGGGGUCCUGUGACGGGCUGGAUGGAGACUGAACCACAUCAACAGACUGAAGCACAGACACGGAGGACUAAGAGGGUGCAACCUAGGGGGAGACUCUGCAAGUCGAGAUCAAACGUGUGUGUAUAUGUGUGCGUUAAUGUGUGUGUGUUUGUGUGUGUGUGUGCCUUUGUGCGUAUGGGGGUCCGUCUUCCACCAUACGAGGAGCGUUCCAUGGAAGCACAUUCCAUUUUAGGGCUUUCAUGAGGAAAGCUUAACAUGGACCAACAGAUCGGUAUCCCCGACAACAGGCAGGAUCCCUUUUAGUUUGGUUGGUUCUCAUUUUCUUUUCUUUUAUUUAGGUUUUUUUAUUCCUGUACACUGAUGUUCAUUCCAUUUUAAAAAAACUAAAAAAAACAAAACAAAGGCACAUUAUUGGAAAAGAUGAAGGAAAAUGGCUUGCUUUUUCUUUUUUUCCCCCGAUUUGUUUAAAGGGCAUCAUAAUGCCAUUAAGAACUCUCACAGUGAAAAUUCCAUUAUUUUUAUUUGUUUUUAAUGAUCUUGGGAUUGACGAUGCAAUAUGAAAACCCUACUAAAUAUAUUUUAAUGAUUGUAUUUGAAAUGAUGUAUAAAGAAAUGAGCGCAAAAAUGAAACGCCCCCUGUACUGAUGUCAUUUGCACAUGAUUUAUUUGAUUCAUAACCUAACAGUAGCACGACUCCAAUUAAUUAACAUUCUAGCAAAAAAAAACCUUUUAUAUAUAGAUAUUUCAUGCUGUGAUUUGUGGACAAGUAGAGUGCAACUAUUUUUCUUGUUUUGACCAUUUCCUAAUGCAUGUAAAAAAAAAAUGUAUUUAUUUUUCCAUUAUGCUGAUGGAGAUGUGGCUAUCUCAGUCCUUCAGCUCUUGCCUCUCCAACUCUGAUAUGGGUUUUUACGUCUGUGUUGUGUGAACACACUAACAGAUCGGACGGCAGAGAGUCCAGGGGUGCGUUUCUCGACAGUGUCGUUGCUAACUAAGUUAGCAACUUCCUUGGUUUAAUGCAAUUUCCCAUUGGCAACUUACUAAGUUGCUAAUUGGUUAGCAACGGCACUGUUGAGAAACGGGGUCCUGAUUAGGGGCAAAGACAGCUGUAUCAUCUGCUGGGAUUGUUAUCCAUCCCAUGCAGAGAAAACACAUAAUAUCGACGGAUUGUCUUCAAAAUAUCACUCUAUGGUUUUAACACGCUUCACACAGCCAGAGGGCGGAAGAGACAAACGCACAAGCAAGCAAGUUUGCUUCAUAGGCAGUUGGGGGCAAAUCCCAGCUCCAUUGAAGGGGGACUUCAUCAGUUAAUUUCCAACUUAUGUGCAUCUCAAAAAAAGGAAGUGAAGGAAGUGGAAAGAAAUGGAAGUGUCCGUCUGCACUUAAAAAAAGAACUUGGAUCUGGUUUUGGAGCUCAUCCUUGUUUUUUCCAGUAUGUUGGUGCCUUUUAGGUUUGUUUGUGUGAUUGUUUAUUUUGUCUAGUUUUUUAAAUGAUGAAGGCCUCUCAGACUUCCACACUACCCUGUAACUCUCUCCUGUGCAGCAAGGCCAGACGGUGUCUAUUGAUUAUUAUAUAUUUCCCUUCAGUGCUUUAGUAGCUAACCCUCGGUGCUGUGUACAACUCAAGUCUCUCUGUCAGUGAUGGGCAACCUCAAUUCAUUGGUUUACAAUACAAUGUCUACGUUUACAUGAAACAUUUCAUUCAGAAUGAACUCGAUUGAAUUCUGAAUGACGCUUAAUUCCACUUUGAAAACGUCAUGUAAACACUUUUUAAUUGGGAAUUAAAUGAAAUAUCACAGUAAACUCAAUGGAGCUAAUUAAUUCUGAAUUAUUAAUUUGGAAUUAAAAAUGUCAUGUAAACGUAGCCAAUGCCACAUUUACCAAAUGACCUGAUUUUACCUGCCCAGUUCGCUUCAGCCAGGGGAUCAUUCAACCAGCCAAUCAGCUGGUUGAUUGAACAGGUAAAAAUCAGGUAAUUUUUUGGAAUGUGUGUCACUGGUAUGUAACUACUGAAUGGAGGUUACCCAUCACUCCUCUCUAAACUGCAGCCCCUCUGUCUGUAGCUAACUAACCCGGUGCUCUCUAAAGGCUAACGGCCAUCUAAUACUGUGCAGGUGUUGCUCAGGUGUCCAUUCACCACCUAACGUUUUACCUCAGAGGAGCCCUGCACUGAAUAUCCCUCAAGACGCCGUCUUCAGCCUCGCUGCAAUUCAGGACAAGUGAGGCAGGGGGAUGUCCUUCUAAAAACCAUGCAGUACUGACCAGUCCUGUUCAAAACCAUUCAGUACUGACAUAUCCUUCUAGACCACACAGUACUGACAGCUCCUUCUCAACCCUACAGUAUAGAAGGGGUCCUUUUCAAUCCUGUCAUAUUGUACUACAGUGCUGAAUGAUUCUCCUGAAACACACAGUUCUCACCCGACUGGUUUCUUCUAAAGCCUUCUAAAGCCAGCAUGUACAGCAUUGCCAGGUGUGAUGACGCAUACAUUACUGACCUCCUUACUGCUGACAGAUGACCACCUGUAACACUACAGAGACACACACACUCACACACUAAGACUGACGGAUACAUGUUCUUUCAACACACCUCUUAUGUUACAUUAACAGCAUACUGUGUUCCAGACCUUACUAACUACAGCAAGACAAUGCCACUCACCCACCUACCCCACUUAAGCCUGACAUGGUUGUAUAGACAAGUGCCCCCUACCCAGACACCACCCUCUACAGUUAACUAGUGUCCCCCCUGUCCCUACCUGCCACCCCUACUCCUCUGCGGUUAUAUGGACAAGUGCAAUUGACCCUCGUGAUGGGUCUCAACACGCCACACUGCUGUCUAACAGAGUGUACCGAGCUUUGCAGCGAAGUAAGAGAGGACGGUGUCUAAAAUGUAGUUAGUAUUCUUGACUGUAUCAUGAUUUGUACUGUAUAUAUACUGUACACGUACACACACAGCGGACCAGAGCAAUAUCAAAAGCCAAGCACAGAGGUGGCCUUUCCUCCUAUCCUCUCCAUCUGUUGCAGUCUUGGCUAAAGCAGCCUUGGACUCUCGGACUCGGAAGCAGCCCUGAUGUUUCAGCUCCGUGCAGUAUGCUGCCCUCCCCUCCCUCUCCACCCUGGAGAGCACUCUGAUGAUGGUGGCAGACAGACCGGAAGGAUUUGAUUAAAGGAUAAACGAAAAGAAGGAAUUACCGUAAAUGAAAGGAAAGGAUUAUUUUCUUUGCUCUUUGCACAACUUGUCUGAUUAUGGGAGCCUUUAUCUCAGACAUUCACCCAACUCUAACCCUAACACCUUUGGCAGUUAGUGUGUCCAUCAGUCAGCUAGUCUGUACCUGUACUGUACUGUAUGUCAAAGAUGUGGGGACUAUGUUGUGACUGGUCAGUUGGCACCAGCCUUUAGUUCUGACUAGUGUGUAUCUUCUUGGUUUUGACUCCCAAUACCAGAUUCAUUCACGACUUCCCAAACGUGUCUGGUCACGUGCUGCGAUUUGGUGUGUUUUAUUGAGUGUUUUAGCGAGUGUGUGUGUUUGUGUUGCUGUUUUGUUUUGUUUUUCUUUUUUUUCUCAGUGUACAGUCGAAUAUGGAGUCUCGAAUCCUGAGCACAAGUGUUUGAUUUUUAAUUUAAUUAUUUGUAAUUCUACGCUGAUAUCCAAAGAAUAAUCAUGUAUAAUAAUUCAUUUAUAAUUUUCUUUUGUAUUGACUGUACAAUAAUCUCUCUGUAAAGGAAAAUAAAGAACUGCAUUGAUUUACAAAUCA